GUCGCUAGCGCCCUCUCUCCUUGCGGCGGCAUCUGAAAAGAACGAGCUCACGGACGGGCCUAAGGAGAGUCGAGUGGGGCGCCGACGUCGCUUUCGUGGCCGAUGGUUGCUGACGUUGGAGCCGCCGUGUUGGUCCGCGGGUCCCAGCGUGCGUGCGUGUCAGCCGACCUCUCCGGUAACGGCCGCUCUGCUCGGACUCAGACGGCGGCAGCAUGGAGCUUCCCCUGGGAGACGUGGUGAGCCCCCAGUUCGCCUUCCCCAUCGUCGGCGUCAUCGUGUGCGCGCUGCUGGUCUUCGCCUUCGGCUUCAAGUCUCCCAGCUUGCCGCCCAGCUUCGUGGACGAAGAAGAAAUCCAACGUGCGGACGCCAAGAAGCUAGCAGCCAAGAAGAAGAAGCAGGCCAAGGAAGCGCAGAAGAACAAGCCUCAGUCUAACGGCCAUGCACCCACAGUGUCGCCUAAGGCAGCUCCAGUUCCAGCCAAGCCAAAGGCUUCGGAGAAGGCCGCAGCUCCUGCCAAGCAGAAGACGGAAAAGCUUGAUGCCAAGUCUCAGUCAUCCAAAAAGGUGACGCAGCCAGAGAAACGCCCUGCAACAAAGGGAAAGAAGGCCGGAGAAAAGGAGAAGGCACCCGCUGAGGCGGCCGCACCUUUGACAGCCGAGGAGAGCAGUGAUGGCUGGGUGCAGCUGCUGAGCAAGAAGGAGAGGAAGGUGCGACGCAAGGAGGAGGAGAAAGUGGUGGUGCCCAUCGUGGAAUCCGUCGAGGCCGUCACCAAGCCACAGGAUGCUGCCGCGGAGAGUUCCAAGAGCAGCCCAGGCAGCAAGAAGAAAGGAGGAAAGAAGGCAGCCGCCAGCGCCGAGACGCCCGCUCCGGCCACCCCGGUUCCGGAGCCGAAGGAGUCCGCCCCGGCAGUCGUUGCCGCUGACCCCGAGGAGAACCCCAAGGACCAGCGCAACAAGAAGAAGGACAAGAGUCCUCCCGAGCCAGAACCCGUUAAAACCGCGAAGAAAGAGAUUGCCAAGAAAGAGUGCGCUGUAACUCCCGAGGAUUCCGGCCCGGCAGUGGCCAAGUCCAAGGGCAAGGGCAAGGCCGAGAAGAGGCCGGCCGAGGAGGCCAAGGCCGUGCCUUCCAAGGCCGCUCCAGACACCUGCUCAGCGCCCUCUGAGCCCAAGAGGACGGAGGCGUGCAGCCCAGAUCCCACACCGCAAGGGUCCAACGAUUCCACGCCGGGUGCCGGUUCUAACGUGGCCUUCGACGAACUCGGCGAUGCGUGGCAAGAAGCCAAGCCCCAGAAGAAAAAGAAAAAGGCCCGCAAGGACUAGGACGCACGUCUCGAGAAGUCUCGACCCGGAUCCGAGACACGGGACCGGGAGCGACACGGGUCGAAGCUGCCCCGCCCGCCAGGUCGCCCCGAAGACGUUGCGCAGUGUGGACUGGGUCGCUGUGCCUGGAAUGCAUCCUCGACCGGUGUGUUUACCGCACCCUGAAAAGUGGCACCUCGAUUUUAACUCGGUGACGUCGUACCAAGUGUCAGGUUGUCGCCGGCCGCGAUCUUGGCGGUGUUGUGGCGGCGGCAGACAUGGCAGGCGGACGCCUGCUCCGCUGCAGCUCGAUGGAAGCGUCGAUGGCCGGAAGAUGGGACGCCGCGACGAUGGCGACUCUGCUUCUGGGACUUUGUUUGCUGGCUCUUUGGGACCAUGUUCAGUGUACGGGCGGAACGGGAUGCCAAAUGCACUGGUCGAAGGCUCGUUCCAAGCGCCGCAGGUGCGGGGAGUGGCCGCCGUUUGCGGCACGUUUUUGGCAGCGCACCGGGGGCCUUGGGCAUCUCGAGCCUUCGUCGUUCUCGCCUCGUCAAGGUCGCCCAUCUCCUCGGGCGCUGCCGCCGAUUCCUUCUUUUUUUUUUAAUCGAUAUAGUUUUUAAGUUUUUUCUCGGUCCGCGGGAAGGUGCACAUAGCCUGUCUGCAUUGACCCAUACUUUUACUACUCGAAACGAAAAAAUGAGCGGCCGCAAGGCCCGGGGCAUUGUUUUUAAAGGGGGAAUGCUUUUUUUCCUUUCCUGCGCUUUUUGUUUUUAAUGGGGGCCGUCUCAGGGUGGCCAUCGUGAAAAAAAAGCCGCGCAUUGGCAUCAAAUUCUGCCUGGCAGCACUCUCGUGUGCCAGUUCUUUUUAGCGCUAGCUUAACGUUGAUAUUUCGUAAAGAAAAGGGCCCAUUUUUGAGCAGGAGGUAUAACGCUUCAGUGUGGAGGAGCUGUUCGAACUUCCAAGUGUUUCGGUUUGGUGAAACGAAGUUCGAGCUCGUAACUGCAGUACCCCGGGCAAACUGCUAACGUGUUAACGUAGUCGCUUUCUUAUUUGUUCCCACAUCUUUGAAUUUAAAAAAGCGAUCGCGAAUCAGCUUUUCAAGAUGGCUGCCACGACGAGACCCCGAGCGCCGCUGCUCUUUAUCAAGAUGCUCAAGUUGUGUAUGCACUUCACCGUUCGAGUUUUUGUCGGCGGUGAAGCCCGACAUUGUCACCCCGAUGGUCAUUUUUAUUCCUCGGUGCCCCCUUUCCCCCCUCCUCUCCCCGCGAUGCGAUUCCCGCAAUUCCUCGACGCCCGCGCAAAAACCCACCGUGGUCUUUGCGUUCGCCGUCGUCCUUCAUUUGCACGGAGCAGACGUCGGCGGCCACGUAUCGAAAGUACAGGCGGAUUUUGGGGGCUGGGGCAAGUGUGAGACGCCGGAGUUCCUCGCUCUCUUUUUUGUCCGGCGGUUAUCGCAGGGGGGUGGGGGGUGCACGGUGUUACACUCCAUGAUGCAACCGGUUGUCCCCCGUUGGCCGUUGUGGGGAAGGCGUCUUUAUUUGAUGCGCUGUACAUACGCAAGAUGGAAAUGUGGUGCGGUGACGAUUUGUUCAGUGGCCGGGUCUUUGUUUGGACUCGUACCACCUAUUUUUUUUCCUAAUAAAAAGCGUGCGAAACGACA